GAACGCUCACUACCAUCUCCUGCCGUCGUCUCCUUCGUAAAGCUUCUCCGCGAACUGGCCUGGGGUGCACAAGAAUCCCUAACUUCCUCUUUCGCAGCCCCAGCCAUACAGAAUAUAAGGAUUAGGUAUGAGUGCUGCCGCAUCGCAUCAUUCUCAGCACUUCUCCGAGCUACGCCGCCACCAUGGCUGUCCCCGCCAACAUGACGACUCUUGAUCUCAGCGGCAAAUACAACCAGAACAAGACCUUGAGUAACAACACAGAUAUCAUCUUGAGCAAGCAGGGCGUUUCGUACUUCGUGCGCAUGGGCAUCAACAUGGGCACCCUCGCCGUCAUCGUCAAGCAUGAACACUCUUCGGACGGCGCCGAGACGCUUGCUGUCGACCAAAGCCUCAGCGGCGGUCUCGGUCGGACUUCUCAGGCGCGCACGCUCGACUGGGAGCCCCGCGACACGGACAGCAAGUUCUUCGGCAAGACCACCAUACGCACGAAGCGCGCCACGAUUGAUGAUCUUGAGAACGCCUGGUUGAGGGAAGGCUGGGUCGAGGAGGCGUGUGCAAAUGGGCUUAUCUUGGACUCGGUCCAGAGCGAGCCGAAGGACGGGAAGACAUGGUGCACUGACAUUGUUUGGGGCAUCGAAGAGAUCGACGGCGAGAGGAGGUACACUCGGCAUAUCGCUUUCACUGGGCCUGAUGGAAAAGAAACGAAUGCUCGCAUCGUUUACGAUUAUUUGGGCCCGUUAAACUAG